CACAGUGCAUGUCUAAAAUAGCGGACAGUGACUCCUACCAGACCUUGAGUCAAUAAACAAAUUGAGAACCAUCGGACGCUCAAAUCCUCCAGUGUACCAUUACCGUCAGGCCCAAUGAAUAUACCGACCAGUGCCCCCGACAAAUCCCUCAACGCAAUCCGGCUAAAGGACUGCAAGCUGGCGUCACCUCGAAUUGAGUCAAGACUAAGAGAGGAUGCCGCACGGUUGCAAAGAGCCAUGUCUCACCUUCAGGAGUCAGGCUGGUACUGGGGCCCCCUGACAGCUACUCAGGCUAAACAAGUUCUGAUUGAAGCUCCAGAGGGAACUUUCCUGUUGUGGUACAGCUCCUACCAGGGCUACCUCCUCACCCUCUGUGAAGACUAGCCUUGGCCCCACACACCUCCGCAUAGAGCACACCACUGGCAUGUUUGGCUUUGACUCUGUGAUUGUGGCACGGCCAUGACUGCGGCAGUUUGAGGGUGCUGUAGAUCUGAUGCAGCACUAUGCCUUGACUUACAAGCAUCUGGCCAGUCAAAAGGUGAGACUCUGGGCUCAAAUGGAACAGGAGGGGCAAACCCUUUGCCCCCUACAGAGAAAACUCUGCAGCUCAAGCUCACCCGGCCCCUCCAUAAAGUAAAUAUAAAUAUAAAGUAUGACAAAAAAUAAAGGUAAGUCGCUCUGGAUAAGAGCAUCUGCUAAAUGACAAAAAAAAAAAGGCUCCCCUAGUCUCCAGCACCUUUGCCACGUCACUAUUAACCAGCAUUCUCGCUGCCACCAGGACUUACCCUUGCCUGGGCGGCUACACGACUUCUUGCUGGAAUACCCUUUUGUGCUGUAGG